AUGAUUUUUCCUCAGUAUUCAUGCAAUGCACAAAAUGUACGUGAACUUAAGCAUUGUGGUUUCGAUGCAAUAUAUAAUCUUGGGUCUUCAGUAUCAGAUACAGGCAAUUUAAUGGGUUCUCCUGCUUAUCAAACCAAAUUUCCUUAUGGAAAAACUAUUAAUAAAGCGACUGGUAGAUCCUCAGAUGGAUGGUUAAUAAUUGAUUACAUUGCAAAAUCAGCUGAUCUCCCCUUAGUCGAUCCCUUCAAGAAUUUGGGUGAAACACAUCGCGGAGUAAAUUUUGCAGUCGCUGGAGCUACCACCUUAUCAAAUGAAGCUCUUGCAGAAAAGAAUAUCUUCGCGAAAUUUGCCCCUGUUUAUCUUGGUGCACAACUUGCAUGGUUGGAUAAAUAUUUGGAAGGAUACUGCCAUAAUCCCGAAGCUUGUCAAAAUGCACUCAAAUCCUCACUUUUCACGAUCAAUUUCGGAUACAAUGACUACUAUGCUGCAUUGAGCUCAAACCAAACCAUUACAGAGAUGAAGAAGAAUGGCUUGGUGACUGAAGUUGUGAAAUCUAUUAAAGAUGCUGUUUCGAAAGUCAUCGACCAAGGUGCUAAGAAUGUCCUUGUCUUCGGAGUAGCUAAAGAUGGAUGUAGACCAAUCACUGUAAAUGCACAAUCUGCAAAUAAAUCUGCCACUUACGAUGGAUUUGGCUGUGCAAAAGACAUUAAUGACUUUUGCUUGUAUCACAAUCAACUUCUUCAAGAAGCCCUUGAGGAAUUAAGGAAGGAACAUCCUAAUGCACAAAUAGUAGAUGGUGAUUUCUACAAUGCCAUGCAAUCCCUUUUGGAUAACUUUGAAUCUCUGGGGUUCAAAUCAUUAUUAACACCUUGUUGUGACGUCAAGAAUAAAGAUCAAGUUACUGAAUUUAAGGAUAAACUCUGUGGGGCUAUUAAUACCAUAGUUUGUUCAAAGAUUGAAGAGUAUGUCUACUGGGAUUUUGCGCACUGGACUCAAAAAGCAAAUCAGUACUUGGCCAACUGGAUCAUUCAAGACAUCUUCCCCAAGAAAUCUGGGGGACCCACUCACAUGAGGCUCAUUUCAGGCAGGGCAGGUUUGUGGACCCCAUCUGAAACGGUUGAGUCUGUAUCUGCUCGACACCGAGCUGCGAACUCGGUGGAAAUAAUAGAAGAUAUGGCCGACGAAGCUGCUGCUGGAUCAUCGUCGCCGAAGAACAGAAUGAAGUUCUUGUGUAGCUAUGGCGGGAAAAUCAUGCCGAGAGCCGUUGAUGGCCACCUCAAGUACAUCGGCGGUGAGACACGCGUCAUUGCCAUUCCUCGUGACAUCAACCUCUCAGGAGAUGAUAAAGGUAUUGGUGUGCUUAUCAAAAGAGAAGUAUAA